AUGCAGAACUUCGUUGAACUCAAGCCUCCGACCAGCAAGGCUAGCAAUGAAGGUUUUUUGUCAGUGUUUUGUUAUUUUUAUUUUCAUAUCGAUUUUUGGGACUUACGCGCUCACCUUUCCUCCGUCAUUGAGCCCCUACGUGCCGAGGCCAGAAGGCGCUGGGAGAACAAGCAGAUAGUUAUUCUUCACCGAGACAACGAACGUCGAAAAGCCAAGCGACUUGCAGCUCAACAAAAAUACGUGGCAACUGUUGCCGUGAAGGAGAUGGUGGAGGCAGCCAUCGCUCGGGACGCCUGUAGCAAGCCGAGCGAAAGUGUGCUUCAGGUGGACCAAAUAGGCGUUCUCAGAAAGUCGCGUAAGCCUGCCGUGCCACCUGCGGAGACGAAGAGGUCUUCGAGGCCGGAGAGAGAAGGGAAGAAGUCGCUUGAGCCAAAUCCCGGUCCAACUCUGAACCAUACUGACCUGCCUUCUGGGACCGAAGAGUUUCAGUCAAAUGGUCUCUUGAGCAUGCCAACUGAGCCGGAGUAUUCAGGAUUUGUACCGCCAGAGAAUCAGUCAGGUUGGCAACUAAACCCUUGUAGUCCGUGCAAUACUGACCAUUUGACGCAGGAGCGUUCAGACGGCGCAGAAGGCAAAACUGAUGGAAUUAUCUCCUUUCGUGAAAACGCCUUUAAGGAUGCUGGUAUUGAGGAGGCCGAGAUAAAAACCGCAUCAGUUGUGAAGGAGCAGACGAACAAUUCAGCUUUCGACGAAACAAAUCAGCUUCUCAAAGCUAGAGGCGAUGGAGAUCCAGGUUCAUCGUCAUGCGAAAUUAAGCUGAAAAGCGAAUCGCCCCAAUCCUCGAUUCGACCCAGUUCGGAAACGUUAAGAGAAGAUGCUUUACUAAUCUCUGGGAUGAUUGAGGACUUGAACUUACAACCGAAAUGCAGAUACUCUCUGGAUUUGGAAAUACGUUCAAAGCCACUCGACAGCACGGAAGUGUCUUCAGAACCGUUAAAUUCAGCAGAUAAUCAAAUAAAGGAGGUCGCAGAAUCUUCCGUUAGCAUGUUAUCUGAACUCGCUCUGUCUGCGUGUGAUCAGUCUGAGAUCCCACAUUUUGAGAUACAGGCAACCGAUACAUCUACCAGUGGGUAA